CUUCCUUUAGUGAGCGACAGACUGAAAAAGAAGAGGAGGGCAGAAGGCCACUGCAGCUGUGUUUUACUUCUCUGGAAAUCACUUUCUAUCACUGCAGCUUCUUGGGACUAUAUGAUGCUUUCUUGUGCAGCACGGAGACUUUGGCUCCAGGCUGAGAGUCGUCUGGUCUGCCCAUCGGAGAUGACAUGAAAUGGCCCCAGCGCAGAAGUAUACACUGUGUAGACGAGUUCGUAACCAUGAAACCAUUCAGGAAAUCUCUCACCAGUGACAAACAAAAGGAAUUGGCAGCACGGUCCAAGAGCAUGGUGCUUGGAGAGUUGUCUCGGGUCUCCAGGCCAUGCUCUCCUCUGGAUCAGGAGAAAGCACUGAAGGCAGGCUGGCUGAAGAGACAGCGGAGUAUCAUGAAAAACUGGCAGCUGCGUUGGUUUGUCCUGAGGACUGAAGCUUUGUAUUUCUACAAGGACCAGGAUGAAACCAAGGCACAGGGUUGUAUUCCUCUUCAGGGCAGUCAGGUCAAUGAGCUACCUGCCAAUCAGGAUGAGCCUGGUCGCCACCCUUUUGAAAUUGUUCCAGGGGGAACUGGAGAAAAGGAUCGAACAGGAAUAAGCCAUGAAUCAUUCCUGCUGAUGGCCAACUCUCAGAGCGACAUGGAGGAAUGGGUCAGGGCCAUACGUCGAGUCAUAUGGGCUCCAUUCGGAGGAGGUGUCUUUGGGCAGCACCUAGAGGAGACAAUGUUAUACGAGGCCCAAUGUGGCCCUCAGCGACUGGUCCCUGUGCUGGUUGAACAGUGUGUGUGUUUCAUACGUGAACAUGGGCUUGAGGAGGAGGGCCUUUUCAGGGCCCCUGGACAGACCAAUCAUGUUCGAGAGCUGCAGGAUGCAUUUGACCGUGGCGAGAAGCCAGUGUUUGACAGUACCACAGACGUCCACACAGUGGCAUCCCUGCUAAAGCUGUACAUACGGGAGCUUCCAGAGCCUAUAAUCCCAUUCUCCAAAUACACACAGUUUCUCUCUUGUGCUCAGCUUCUUACCAAGGAUAAAGCAACGGGUAUCCUAGAGCUAGGCAAACAGGUUAAAUCCCUUCCUCAGGUCAACUACAACCUCCUUAAAUACAUCUGCAAGUUUCUGGAUGAAGUUCAGUCUUACUCCAAUGAGAAUAAGAUGAGUGUUCAGAAUCUGGCCACUGUGUUUGGGCCCAAUAUCCUUCGGCCCAGAGUGGAAGAUCCAGUCACAAUGAUGGAGGGAAGCUCACAGGUGCAGCAUCUGAUGACUGUGUUGAUCAGUGAACACGCUGGACUUUACCAACGGGAGGAGCCGGAAACUGAGAUCAAGAUUCCUCCACAGCAACAGCAGAAUACUAUCCAACGGUGCAAAGUGGAAUGGCUCUCACAAGAAAACACUGACCCUCCACCCUCCUCAGGCACAGACUUGAAAACCCCGAAAGAGAAACCCCAACCCUCCACCCCUUCUGCAGUCAGUAAGCCAACAGCACCAAGCCCCAUAACAACGCUGGAAAAAGGUGAGGAUGUUCAGAUUGAAGGGAAGGACGAGAGCAGGACAGAGGAAAAAGCAGAUGGCAAAGCAGAAGAGAAAGGUGGAAGUGAAGUAGCCAUUAGCCCCAGUAAACAAUCUAAAGCCCUGCCUUCCUGGAGGUGCUCCUUCAAGGGCAAUGCCGCAUCUGGGGGGCCAAGGGGGAAAAUCGGGGGGUCAGCAGGAGAUGUGUCAGCAGCUGCUGGGAGCAAUUGGCUGAUGAAUGGCCUGUCAUCCCUCCGAGCUCACAGGCGCACAACCUCAUCAGGUGAAAGACUUAAAGACUCUACUUUGUCUCUGAAGGACUCAACCCUCUCCCUUAAAGAGACCACUCUUUCACUCAAGGACUCACAUAGAGACUCUGAUGAAGACUCCCCUCAAACAUCCCUCUCACACAGAGCCCUCCUCCAAUCCCACAGACUGUCUGCCUAUGACAACGUUGCCCCGUCCAGUCUAAGCCUGCCUGCUGACACCUCCAUCUGGACAUCCUUCGAGAUCUCAUUGGCCGAGCCAGAGGGAAGCAAUAAGGCAGUAAAAUUAGGGCAGGGUCAAGAGAGAUCCACAGAGGUGAGGGACAGUACAAAUACUCUGGACAACAGUGCAAGUGGUACUGAGGAUGAUCUCGCAGGAACAAAUGAGGGUCUUACCAACAUGCUGACUGAGCUCAAGCAGGAGCUGAAGAAACAGAGGACGAGUUAUGAAACCUGCAUUCGCAAGUUGGAGGAGUCCUGUGCUAAGUACCAGUCCCAGGUAAACUGCCUUGAGGAGGAACUUGACCAGGAGAAGAAAAAGUUUCACAUGCUAGAGAUCCGACUCAGGAACUCAGAGCGGGCUCAUCAAGACGCAGAGAACCGAAACAUUCUCCUCCAGCAAGAGAUGGAGGAGUUCUUCAAAACCCUUGGAGAUCUGACCACGGGGGCUACACGGACCAACUAGACAAAGCCAACCUGCCUUCAUCUGGUCCAGCAGAGGAGGAGGAGCUUGAUUACUGGAAAGAUCAGCCAGCCCCAAAGCUUUGAAGACCAAAUACCUCUAGUGCAGUACUACUUGCCAUCGUGUCCUCUUUAGUACAGCCGUCUUGUGCCUACACUGACCAGUGCCGGUGCCAAACAAGAACUCUUCUGGACCAAGCAGCUCUCAUUUAACCAUUCCACAAAAUCCCUGACUAUUAUACACCAUAGGUCACAUAGCUAAUUAUUUAUUGAUUAAAUUCCUCUGUUAGAGAGCAGAAAAAGCCUUACAUGCAAGGUUUAGCCUUCCCAUACACACCCUGUUCAUUUCCCUCGAGAACUCUUGACAGAAAUGUUAACUUUGACAGUAAAAGAAACAACAAUGUGAGACAUUAAAAUUCAACUUCUUUAUUUGCUGGAGUUAAAAGUAGACAGUUUCCAUUUCUGGUGUAUAUAAUUAGUCUGUUAGUGAGGCAAUUUCAGAUCUUAAAAUUCACACAACUGGCCUUACCAAAACACACCACAACAGGUUAACUCUUUGCUGUCAGUGUUUGGCCAAACCAUCAGAAGACUGCAGCAUCAUCCCAGUAGUGCUGAAUGGCUUUCCUUUCUUUCCUCUAAAUGUACCUGCACUAAAACCAGAUUUGCUCAGAGAAAACUCAUGCGUAGUCUAUUCUAUCUUUUCUAUUUUUGAGGAAAUGAAGGAGAGGAAAACCACACAAAGAGGGAGCCACAACAGUCUAGUUGAGAUGUGGCCCAGAAGGGGUCAGGACAUGCGUCACAAUCCCCAAAGUGCAUUCUGAGAGCUGAUGCUAGGGGUAACUGCCUAGAGUGCCCAACCAUGAAAGGGGCAAAAGGGACAGGUUGGGAAUUUGAGCCAUCAAAUACAUCCAAAAGGUUAUCAUGGCAGGUAGCAAAUGCCUGUUUCCUGACUCUCAGAAAACAUACAUACAUCUACAAUAAAAUGUACAGAUCAAUCACUGACUAUACUAAUCUAUGAAUUAUAUUGCACAGAAAACAAAAAAAAUGAAACAAAAUGCAUAUAAACAGUACUUCCGAAUGAAAUGUACAUUACAUAAAAUAGACGCCUCCUAGCUUGAAAUAAAUUAAAUAAAUAAAUAAAUAACACAAAUACAGAAAA